GUUCACGUCUGCUCGUCUUUACCCACUUUGUCGCCUUCUUGCUUUCGCAAGUGUAUAAAAGAUUCACAUCAAUUUCCCAUUCUACCUGCAUAGAACUGUGCCAACGGCAUCUCGAUAUUCAACAAACCACGCCACCUAUUAUAAUCGAGCUCGACUCAAUCAGCAACAAGCAGCUUUCAUUCCAAGUUAAUCUCAAUUUCACGGAUUACAUCUGCAUGGAGAUUUAGUGGCAAACAGUCCAACAGCAAUUGUCACGUGAACCACAACUUCCCCGUCCCAACGACGACGAUAUUCAGCGAAUUCAUACAUCUCGCUAUCCCUCCGUUCCCAGCAAGCCUGCUCGGCAGAUAUACACCACCAUGUCCGCUUCUGCCAUUCCAGCGUACCGCCACAACUCAGCGUCUCCUGUCUCCUCUCGCAAAGCUGUCAAAGCUUCUGCCAGUGCUUCAGCAUCUUCGUCAAGACCACCUACUCGUUCAUCACAAGAUCCUUAUUAUGGUCAUGAGGAAACUGCCGUUCUGGCCGCUCGAUUCAUCACCCAUCUUUUUCAAUGUCCCAAUAUUCCUGCGCCAUCUACCCCCGGUGCUCCCACACCCACCCUGGCUCACUUCGUAGCAUAUGCCUUACAUCGAACCCGUCUCCCAUCGGUUGUCACAUUUGCGGCUCUUCUUCUGCUUCAGCGCCUAAAGAGGCGAUAUCCUGCCGCUCGUGGAUCAUCAGGACACCGACUUUUCAUCUCUGCUUUCAUGAUCGCCUCUAAAGUCAUCUGUGAUGAUACCUAUUCCAACCAGUCAUGGGGCAUCGUUGCUCAGAAGAUGUUUGCCCUAAAGGAAAUAAACCAGAUGGAGAGAGAAAUGUGCGGGUAUCUGGAAUGGAAUCUCAACUUUGGAGAGAGGGAGAUGCUCGAGUUUGAGAUGGAUCUGAGGGCGCUGCACGGGCCUAGGGCGGUGGCAAGGGCUAGCUCAAGCUCUUCAAGCAGGUCAGACAUCGUCUUGACAGACAGCCCUUGCAAUUCAUAUCCUACUCCCGAGACCACCCCUGAUCCGCAAGUGUCUUCAAGACCAAUUCGACCAGUCCCGUCACCGUACAAAACGCGCUGCUAUUCGCAUGUUCCACCGAUGGCCCCCGCAUUUCUAUCACCUCCGCUUUCUCCCCACCAUGCCCAUCUCUCACCUCAACCACCCCGUUUAAGUUCAGCCAAUUCAUCUCUACAAUCGUCACCAGCAUCUGAUGAUUGCAAGACCCCCUCUCCCAUCACAGUGAUGGCCACUACACGGCCUAUCUCUUCUACCAAAUCAUUUGACAUGACCAAAGCUUUUGAGGCGACUGCUCGCACACGAGGCGUCAGUGUUGUGAGGCGCGGUGAUGACAGUGUGGCUGUUUGGUAAAAGGAUGGACGGUUAUCAUUGCAUAGAGGAGGAUCUCAUAGUGUAUCUUGUACAUACUGUAUACCCUGGCAUUUUCUCAUGUUGUACAGACAUUACUCUCAUCAGUUUGGGUUUAUCGAUAUCUAAUGAUCAU